AUGUAUCAGACGCUGUUUUUCAUUACUCAAGUCCCCAGCCCAUUUUCAAGCAUUGCUACAUGAGCUAGGAGAGCAUGUCGAUUAAUGCGUUUCAAUAUGAGCAUUGCCUAUCACCGAUUGGCAAAAGAUAUAGGUUUAAGAUUGAGAAGAUUUCUUUACUUAUCGUAUAAAAUUUUGAAGCCACUGAAUAUAAAAAUUUAUAGAAUUUGAUAA